CCCAUGACAUGCUCAGCAUUUCUUGCUCGUUGCAAUAAGAUCUGGGUUUCUCAAGUCUUCCCAAGCCCGCCUGGUCAUGUCUUUCAUAUUAGGGGUGCAAUGGAGCUACUCCUGCAGGGGGUUCAUCCUGAUGUUAUGUCCACGCAAGGAUGCUGGUCCUCAGAUGCUUUCUUGGAAUAUUGG